AUGGGUCGUAUGCAUGCUCCUGGCAAGGGUAUUUCAGAUUCUGCUUUACCCUACAAACGAACUGUACCAUCCUGGUUGAAAUUAACAUCCGAAGAUGUUGUUGAUCAAAUUUGCAAAUUGGCGAAGAAAGGUUUAACACCAUCACAAAUCGGUGUCAUUCUUCGUGAUUCACAUGGUGUUGCUCAAACACGUUUUGUUACUGGAAACAAAAUCUUACGUAUCAUGAAAGCAAAAGGUCUUGCACCAAGCAAACCAGAAGAUUU